AGUGGAUAAGGUUAUAGCCCUCCCAUUCCUAGGAGAGAAAAACUGUUGCUCAAUGUUUCCUCCUGGCAUGAUUGAAUCAUGUUGGAAAUCGACUUCCUUGAUGGGUGGACACUAACAUGUUUGCCUUUAGCCUAUAAAAAAACCCCCCAACCGGACGUUUACUUUUGAUUGUGAGGCUUUUUGCGCUUCUGAACCAGCAGAUCAAGACAUAGCAGCAGAGUUUCUGAGUGUGGGACGGAGAAGACAUCCCAAUAAGUGUCCAUCCACCUAGAAAUUAAACAGAUCCACUAUUUCUUGGGCUUUUCAUCUGCAGACCUUCUUUUGCUACUAGAGCCACAAAAUCAUCAUGGGGGGAACAAACUCACACCCAUCCUCAAUACAGGAACUUGAAGAUGUCACAUUUAACAUUGCCGUCAUUGGGGAAACUGGAACUGGGAAAUCGUCACUUGUGAAUGCCCUGCGGGGUAUGAAGACAGAUGUAGAAGGCGGUGCUGCUGUGACAGAUGUGAUACAGGUCCUAAAUGAACCAACGGCCUAUGUGCAUCCUGAAUAUUCAGACAUAACACUCUGGGAUCUUCCAGGGAUUGGAACAAAUGAAUUUAAAAGUGAGGAAUAUGUAAAGAAUAUAGAUUUAAACAAGUAUGAUUUCUUCAUCAUUGUCUCUGAAAUUAGGUUCACUGAAGAUGACCAAAGGCUGGUCCACGCAAUCCAGAAAAUAAAGAGGAAGUUUGUUUAUGUACGCACCAAAGUGGAUAAGAGCUUGGAAUCGGAGAGAGAAAACCCCAAUUUCAGUGAAGAAGGAAUCCUGAAGAAGAUAAGGAAUCAUUACUGUGAAAACUUGACCAAAGCAGGCGAGCCUUCUCCUAGGGUUUUUGUAAUAUCAAGAUGGCACUUGGAAAUGUAUGAUUUCCCAUGUCUUGUAAAUGCCCUGAAGGAUGAAUUGGCAGAUUUCAAGAGAGAAGUCUCAAGGUGGUCCCCUGAGAAGAAAAGGAAGCGACUUGACAGGUCAAAUGAACCUCCAAAAGGAUCUUUCCUGAGAAGUGCCAUCUCCAGAACAAUCUUAAAACUUGACCUUGAAAAUCUGACGCUUGCUUUGGAAAAAGAAGACAUCUCAGACGUCGUAGCUAAAACCCAGCAGCAACUGGAUUUUCUAACUAAUGCCACACUUGACAUAGCCAUCACUGGACGUUCAGGUGCUGGUAAAUCAUCUCUCGUCAAUGCUCUGAGAGGCAUGAGUGAUUAUGAUGAAGGGUCAGCUGAGACGGGGGUAAUACAAACAACCAUGGAGAUAAAGGGCUAUCCACAUCCCACAUUCCCCAAAGUAACACUGUGGGAUCUGCCAGGGAUUGGAACACCUGAAUUUAAAGCCAAGGAGUACCUAAGGAAGGUGAAUUUUAGCAAGUAUGAUUUUUUCAUCAUUGUCUCUGCGGGGCGUUUCACUACAAAUGAUAUCACUUUAGCUCGUGAAAUUCAGAAGAUGAAGAAGCAAUUCUAUUAUGUGCGCACAAAGAUAGAUAUCAAUAUUGAUUCAGAAAAAAGGAAGCAGAACUUCAAUGAGCACGAAACUCUAGAGAAGAUAAGGAAUGACUGCAGUGAAAAUCUGAAAAAGGCUGAAGGAUCUUCCUCAAGGGUUUUCCUGGUAUCACGGUCGGAUUUGUCACUGUAUGAUUUCCCCUCCCUGCAUGGCACCUUAGAGGAGGAUCUGGACGACCUCAAGAGACAUGCCUUCAUCAUGGCCUCACCAACUUUCUCAGGAGAAAUGGUUAAAAAGAAAAAAAAGUCACUGGAAAGCCUCAUAUGGAUGUUAGCACUUGUGUCUUGUUUUGUGGGAGCUGUCCCUGUCCCGGGCCUCUCUCUGGCUUGUGAUAUUAGCAUCUUAAUGGGAGCACUGGUACAUUUCUGUAAGGUCUUUGGCUUAGAUGAUAAUUCUCUGCAUGUGCUGGCAAAACGGGUUGGCAAGCCUGUGGAGGAGCUGAGGUCUGCUAUCAAAAACACUCCCCUGCCCCAUACUAUCACCACUGACCUGGUCCUUAGUUUAUUGUCAAAGUCCUUACUUUGUGCAACUUUGACAGUGAUAGAACUGGUUUGUGAUUUUGUGCCCGUGUUGGGGUCUAUAGUUGGUGGGGCCAGUUCCUUUGUGUGCACCUUCUUCAUGCUGAGAAGCUUUUUGCAAAGCGUUGAGGUCGAUGCUGCCAACGUUCGGGCAAAAGCAACCAAGUGAUAAAAGAAAAGUCCAAGAUAAAAUAAAAAUUGUGUAAGUGUUGCUUUGGAACAAAUGGUGGCAGCACAAGGGGGAAAAGGGGAAAAAAUAGGAAAAUUUCUGUUGGAAUUUCUGAUGAGCAAGUUUUUUUCUUAUAUUAAAAAAUGCUAAAACUGCAAAAUAAGAUUGAAGUCCUAAUGACAAAUAAAGGAUAUGUCUAUGUAGAUUCCCACAAAUGAA